UUAGCGAUAUAAUAUAUUUGUGUUCUCUGUUUUUUUGUUUCUUUUUUUUAGAAAAUCAUUACGAAGUGAUUUUUUUUGUAAUUCUUUCUUCGUAAUCGAUUUAUAGCUUUGGAUGUGUAACGUUGUUUUUGUUGAGAACCACUGUUAAAAUAGUUCCUAUAUGGCUACAUAUAUACAAAACUUAAGUUAUACGAAAACUGAAUGGUACGCGUUUACUUUAACUAUGUGUGUAUCUGUCAGUAUAUAUAUUUAUACAGAUGCAGAUAAGUUGAAAAACAACGUACUAAAAAAUGUUUAAAAAUUUACAUGCAACUUCUAAAUUAAUAACAAUAGUGCAUGUUUUAAUAAAAAACAUGAAAUAAUAUACAUAAUUGUAUAUAUCAUUUUAAAAGGUUUGUGACAAUCGUAGUAUUUGUUUACUCAUUUUUUGGAAAAUUACGACUGUAUAUAUGAUAAAAGAACAAUGAUGUUGCAUAAAACAAACUUAAGGCUAUGUCGCCUCUGUGGAAAAGAAAAACAGCAAGGCACAGAUUUGUUUACAGACAAAGUUAAAGGGAUUGUACUAAUGUCGAUCAUAAAUAAAUAUUUCUCUAAAGAGGUGAUAAAUAUUUCAAAUUCUGAUACAUUUUCCAAAUAUGUUUGUAGUGAUUGCGAACAAAAGAUAUAUGUAUUUGAUGAGUUCUGUUUGAUGGUAGCUAAUGUGCAGAAACAACUUGCAGCCCCAUCUUUGGAAAUUGAUUUUGCAGAAGACAUGUUAUACCAGUUGAAAGAAAGUGAUACACUAUCAAAAAAUACCUUAAACAAGCAGGGAGUAAAGAAAAGUACAUGCCCAAUAUGUGCUAAAAGCUUUAGAUGUCAAUCACAUUUAAACAGGCAUAAACGUAUUCAUACCGGACAAAGACCUUUUGUUUGUAAUAUUUGUAAAAUGUCAUUCAAUCAACAAGAAAUCUUAAUGAAGCAUAAAGAAAGACACGAAGGAAAGAAACUAUUUCAAUGUGCAAAUUGUCAUCAAUCAUUUCGUUAUAAAGUUUCUUUGAAAUCUCAUAUGAUAAAUUUUCACAUAGACAUGGAACAGUCUGUUAAUAAUCAAAGUCUGCAAAUGGAAAACAAUUCAUUUACAUGCCCUGAAUGUGGUAAGCAAUUUGUAACAAAAUAUAAGUUACAAAGACAUUCAAGAUGCCACACUGGUGAGAGACCAUAUCACUGUACUUUCUGUUUAAAAACAUUUUCUCAAACUGGUAAUUUAAAAGUGCAUCAGGUGAAGUAUCAUCAAAUGCAUAGUUCUGUAACUGAAAUAAGAAGACAAACUCAAUACGAUGAUCAAAUAGUUGACUGUGAUAUACCUACAACGUUAAAUAAUUUCCAUACAGUUAACAUGUCAGAGAUCGAAUUGCAAAAUACGAUAAACGAAACUAUAAAUUCUACAGAGCAGAGUAGUUCGUAUGCGUCAAAAAUAUAUGAAAAUUCUUUAUAUAUUGAUGAGGAAAUUGAAACAAUUCUGGAUCAUGAUCUUGGCCAAUUAGGACAAAAUAAAUAUUCUACAAAUGUACAAGAUAAAGUACCGCUUUGCUUAAAACAACCAGAGACUCCUGAAUUACUGCACAGUCUAUUAUAUGAUGAUGGUUAAUUUUCGCAAGUUGACUGUGUACUGUUAAUUGUUUAUUUAAAAUAAUAUGAAAAUUAUUUAUAUUCCGAAUCAGAAACUAAGUUAUAUACAUAUUGAUCAUUAUAAAAUUAUACGUAGUUCUUUUCAUUAAUAUACAUUUCUAUUUUGU